GAAAAAAAAAAUGUGUUUCCAUUUUUUAUUUUAUUUUUUCAUACAGAAUAUUUUUCCCUUAUAUGUUAGAAACCCUAAUACGUCUAUAUAAAUAUGUUAGAAACCCCAUAAACCCUAUUUUCAUUCUUCUGCAAACAAACGAGUUCCCCUCUUUUUUCACUCCCUUUCUCUCUUCUCGCCUCUUUCUCGCUCAAAUCUAAUCACAAAUGGAGUUUUGGGGUGCUGAGGUUAAAGUUGGAGAAUCUGUUAAAGUUGAUCCAGAGUUGGGAUACAUCCACAUUUCUCAGGCUGCACUCGGGGAAGUGAAGAAAGACAAAGCAACUGAACCGGUUGUUGUGUAUGUGAAAGUUGAUGGUCAGAAGCUUGUUCUGGGAACUCUUAUUAAGGAUGCCAUUCCUCACACAACUUUGAAUAUAGUUCUAGACAGGGUGGCUGAACUUUCCCAUAAUUCAAAAAAUGCUGCUGUCCAUUUUUCUGGAUACAAAGUUCUUGACGAUGGAGAUUUUGACGACUCUGACGAAUCUGAUAGUGAAGCUGAACUUGCUCCUUUGACGGAACCUGCUGAGGCUGCAAAGGAGCUUGGAAAACCUGCUGCUGAAACUGGUGCAGUGGCAAAGCAAGUCGUCAAGCGUGUGAAAGUUGAAGGUGAAUCUGAUUCUGAUUCUUCUGAGGAGUUUGAUUCUGAUAGUGAGGACAGUGAAAGUGAAGAAGAGACUCCCACUCCUGUUAAGAAGGUGGAUCAGGGCAAGAGCAUCAAGGGAACAAAUAAGAAUGCACCAAAAGCCCCAGUUCCUACCAAGAAGACUAAAAUUGCUACUCCUGAAAAGACUGAUUCUGAUUCUGAUGACGAUAUUAGUGAUGAAGAUAUCAGUGAUGAUGAUAUUAGUGAUGAAGAUUCUAGUGAUGAAGAGACUCCUGUUCAGAAGGGCAAGAAUAACAAGAGACCAAAUGAGGCUGCACCACAAACUCCAGUUUCUGCCAAGAGAGCUAAAAAUGCUACUCCUGGAAAGACUGAUGAUAAAAAAGCUGUACACAUAGCCACUCCCCAUCCUAACAAGAAAGGUGGAAAAACUCCUCAGAAUGGUGCUAAGGAUCAGUCUCCCAGUUCUAGCAAGUCUAAAAAGUCCAAGCAAGGCCGUCGUUGAGUUAUUGCAUUGAUGACCGUAUUCAUGUAGUAAUUUUCCCUUAUAUUACAGUGAGUAUGGUGAAAAAAAUUGAUCUUUUAUCCUAGCUUUAGACUACAAGCUGCGGAAAGUUUGAGGUGAAAACAUAGUUUGGAAAUUUUUGAUGAUACUGUUUAACAUCCAAUAUAUUCACAUUAUUGCCUUUAGAUCUUGGUUGUAAAUUGGUUUUUGGAGAGCGACCGUUAAAGUUGAUUUUGUAUUUUGCCGUUAUGGGUGACCGUAUUAAACCUGAUGCGAAGCUUUCCUUUUCACUGGCAUUCUGAUUUUCAGUAUUGUUAUUGAUUUCCUUCUCUGCUAACAAAAUACUACAUCAACUAGAUUCUUAAUCAAACGUGUAACUGAUUUUAUUUUUGAUC